CUCGCGCGUCGCAUCUCCCAACAAUAUCGUCAUUUCACGGGAAUGGCAGGGACAAAUGGGUGUACGCCGUCCACGUACACCGUGAUUGUCCGCGACCAGGAAUUUCGCCUCAGCAAGCGGCAGAUCGAGUUCGACAGCCCGAAUUUCUUCACCUCCUGUUUCCUUGGAAGCUUCCAAGAGUCAUCGUCCAAGUCGGUGACUCUAGAUCGCAAUCCGCAACUAUUCGCGAUUAUUCUGGAGUACCUGAGCGGGUACGAGAUAUUGCCAUUGUCUGCCUGCGAUAAGAUGGAUGUCGCGUACGUGACGCGUAACUUGCUCGUGGACGCGGAUUUCUACGGAUUGACGCGUCUGCGGAGGCUCCUUACCGCGCCGAGCCUCCCACCGUCUUUGAGCUUGGAGUGGGCAGGUCUGGCGCGUCAAGUGGUCACUCUCCCCGAGGUUAUAAGCGAGCAUCUACCACCAGGCAUCGAGUAUGUCGACGGUGCCCUCUACUCUGAGCAUCAUGGCAACCAGUUGCCCGUCCUUGUCUCAGCCAGAGAUGUUCCAAUACGGCUGUCCGCCUCUCGUGAUAUAAAAAUACCCAAGAGCGAGAAGACAAGUUUCAGAAUUGAUUAUACGGGCUCACAAGAAGGCGGUAUGGCUACGUCCGUCAAACAUCCCCCUACGAUCCUAGCAGAGUCCGUUUUCCAAGGGGGGAAGAUGUGUAUCGAUGACGAUGUCCUCCUCCUCUCAGACUUCUCCUACUGGUGGCAUGACCCCAGCAGUGCCGAGUCCUCGAAGGCCUCCUUAUCCCUGUUCAAUCGCCUAUCUCCGCUCACUAUCGAGCCCUCUAGCCGCCCAUAUGCCCGCUAUGAGGGCGUCCUCUGGGCUGAUGAGGUCCUGUUCACGAUAAUUAAACGAAGCUCAGAUGCAGGCGACCCUGUUUUACACAUCAAGCUCGCAGACCUGAAAGCUCGGACAAGGGGCGCAGUUCUUUCUGAACUCGUCCCGGCAAGCUCGCGAUGGAAGCAUAACUAGGGUAUCCCUGUCUAGACCAUGAAGCCUGUCUCGUCAUGGAAUACCGCAUUGUGAAAUUCGAUUUAUCCUUUAGUCUCAUAUAUACCUCAAUCUCCAGGACGGAAUACCUCAUUGUUCACGAAAUUGACGCACCGUUUAUCACCGGCAUACCCCCAUAGCUUUUAUACCUACGUUGAUCAGAUACUGCUGUAUUGUCCGGGAAGUACUGUUAUUGGUCGGGA